CUUCCUUGCCGCUGUACAUGCCCGAAGCUCUCAGCUGAUCGACACGAAGGCAGUUCGCGGAGCAGCUGCUGAACUUGUGAGUGAGGUGCGAUGACGUCUGCUCUCCCGGUGCCCGUGCUGUUGCUCCUCCCCCUGGCGGUGAUGAUGGCGGUCGGCGUGCCGUCCCCCUCGCGCCCCCCCCUGCGCUUCUGCCGGCGCUGCUGUGACCCCCCCGACGGCCCCUCCUCUCCCCGCUCCUCCUCUUCCUCCUCCUCCUCCUCCUCCGCCAGCCUCCAGCAAGCGCCCGAGGUGCGCACCUUCAUCAACAUGACCAUCCUCAAAGGAGAUAAAGGGGACCGUGGGGAUCGAGGUACUCCAGGGAAGCCGGGACCAGAGGGGCCGGCGGGCUCCAGGGGCCUGACGGGGCACAAGGGGCCCAAGGGCCAGCCGGGCCCCCCGGGCGACCCCUGCAAGACCCAGAACUCGCACUUCUCGGUGGGCCGGCGCAAGGCGCUGCACAGCGUGGACUACUACACGGCGCUGGUCUUCGACACGGUCUUCGUCAACCCCGAGGAGCACUUCAACAUGUUCAAGGGCAAGUUCUACUGCUACGUGCCGGGCGUCUACUUCUUCAACGUCAACAUCCACACGUGGAACUUCAAGGAGACCUACCUGCACAUGAUGCACAACGACCGCGAGCAGGUGAUCCUGUACGCGCAGCCCAGCGAGCGAUCGAUCAUGCAGAGCCAGAGCGUCAUGCUCACGCUGGCGCUCAACGACGAGGUGUGGGUGCGGCUCUACAAGCGCGAGCGCGAGAACGCCAUCUACAGCGACGACGUGGACGUCUACAUCACCUUCAACGGGUACCUGGUGGCGCCCACUACCUAAGAGGAGGGCGCGGAGAUGGGACAUGACGUUUUUUUGUUGUUGUUGUUGUUGUUGUUUUUGUUGUGUUGUUUUUUUUCUUUUUAUUUCUUUUUCUUUUGUUUUCUUUUUUGCUUGCCUACAUUCCUCUCAGGGAAGUAAGAUGUGGCAUCCGAGAGUCGCGUGAGGACCGCUGGAGAUGUUUUUUGACGAGAGGUUGGCAAAGAAGGGGAGAGAUUGCGACGACAAAGCACUACUGCUGUUGCACAUUUUAAGCACACUACCUGCAAGAACAUCAAUCCCUCCGCGUUGAUGAGCUGUCAAGAACAUGUAGACUUACAAUAUGGUGCCUUGAGGAGAGCCCAAAUGGAGUACGCUAAAUAUCGAAUGAUUAUCAAGCCAUGAAACUGAGCUAGCGUCAAAGUCUCAAAAGCUGCGGUGCGGCAUGGCAUGUCCAGUUUCUCUCAGCGUUGACUGCUUUUCUUUUCCUGGAACGGACUCAAAACUGUUGUUGCCUCGUUCAAACAGCAUUCACGCCCUCACUGAAAAAAAAAAAGCCGGAGAAGAAUGUGUGAGAGAGAGAGUGUGUGUGUGUGUGUGAGAGAGAGAGAGGGAGAUCAACCAUCCAGCAGUUCCUUCUCACCUUAAUUGGUCCCUGGUCCCUCGGGCGGGAGAGCUCUCGGGGUGCAGCAGGUGGAGUCUGUCGUCCAGAGGUGGCCAGGCGGGGGGCGUCCUCCUGGUGGAUCGUUAGUCGGCUCCCCGGGGCCCUGGGCUUUGUGUUCUGCCAGCCGA